GGAUGUUGGAUCUGAUAUUGGGAGUGUGCGUAAGACAACUAGGCACACAUCUCGCGAAAAAGAAAUAAAAAGAAAGCGAAACAAAGAAAGAAAAACGUGACAUCAAUGCUUCAACGCAAAAGAUCACUCCCGUGUUCUGAUUUUUAUGCAGCACGACUAAAAGGUGGUCGAUUUCACAAGGCUGCUGUCACCAAUGCUUUACGCGGACUUGCAGUGAACCUCAUGGAGAUCACCAUCCUGAUCCUUUCUGCUCGCUCAUGAAGGGUUGAAACGAUUUGAGGUACUGGAAAGCGCAUGUGACACGAUGGAGGCGGCGUCGGCGUCUUCGUCGACGCGGUCAGCAGGUCUGAUCGGCGCUGCUCCUUCGACGCCUACGAACCGGAUAGACGAAGAGACCGGCCGUCCCAUAAGCCCCAUCGCUGGGCUCACUAGCAACGGGCGGCGUAACUAUGAAAGUUCGGCUGCGAUUUUGACGGAUACAGAUCAGGAUGCCAACGGUGUGACCCUCGAAGAUGCGCUCGAGCAGCUCGUUGACGAUGCUCUCGCCAACCCACGCAACACUAAGCCUUAUUCGAGGCUCAUUCCCGAGGCCUCAAAAUUACUCAACGCGAAUUUUCAAGCCAGCACAUCCUCGUCCACAUCUCCCUUGGCGUCAUCCGGCACACAUAUGUUCUGUGCAAAAGCUGGCGCCUUACACAAUCGCAAGCUGCAUGCUGCGAUGAUGCGCAUUUUCUCCUUCAAGCUGGCAUCAAUAAUGGAGCAAUGGAUUCAAACACUAUGGAAGAGCAUUUUUAGCUGCAAGGACUGCUAUAUGGAAUACCUGGAAGCAAAAGAACGGCUCAACGAAACCAUUUCCAAGGUUUAUCCUCGCACAAAUGUCGAGCAGCUGUUGGAGCAUAUUGAAUCAUCUGAAGCUGACUAUGCGUUGCAUCAGAUGGACGAAGCCGAAGCCGCUGGGUCGAAUCCAUUGGAGAGCUUCUCGGCAGACCAGAUUUUUGCUCUUGGCCACAUUCUCGCUACCACCUCAACAAAAGCCUCUUCGCUCUUACAGAAGCUCAAGAAUGCGAUACUCGGUCUGGCGGGCCCGUCAUCUUUGCAGAGCUCGGCAAGCUUGCACCGGUAUCCGCAAAUAGCGCACGAGCUCACACCAGGCUUGUUAUCUUUGUUACUCGUCGAUGACGACACACACACACUGCAGAGCUGGGCUCAGGCACAGCUCCACGGGCUGUCAACCACGACUAUCUCGACAGAGCGAUCCGAAAAAUUCAUACGCCGGAAUCCGAUGUUUGAAGCUUUUAUUCGGUCUCUUCUCGUAAGAGUCGGCAGCACAGACGGAGUCAACGUGACUGGAGAAAAGAGACAAGCAAUUUGGCAGGUAGUCACGCACAUUCUCCACUUCAUCCCAAACGCUGCGUCUUCAUUUGCUUCGCACGUCGCUGGCAGCCUCAGCACAACUGGUGCAUUUUUCUCCGACGUCCUUAAGUGCUACCGACUCGUGCUAGAUGCGCUUGGCCCAGGCUUUUGGCGUCUGGCCGGAGCAAAUAAGGACGCCGAAUACCCGCAUGUUCUUCUCGCCAUCAUUCUAGACAACACACAGCUGCUCCCUGCCAUUGAACAUUGCGCUACCUCACAAGUCUUUGUCAGAGCAAACUCUAGCCAGACUAAUGGGGGCAAGGCGAGGGACGGGGGCGGAGGAGCGCAAAAUCCAGCACUGAUGUGGAUGCUCGUACAUGCAAGGUCGUUGCAAGAAGAAGGGUGCGAACACGCCUUUAAGGAUGCUCUUAAGAUCUUGGCAAACUUUUUGCUCGAGAAGCUUCAGCAGGCGCACUUUGCCGUGUCGAUCCGGACGCAGGCAAUGUUUGCUGGCAUCUCUGUGCUCAGCACGCUGCUCUCUGAGUCCGUCAGCAAUGCUCGAGUGCCUUCCUUUACUAGGAAUGCACACACUCUCGCCAUCCUUGAUGCUGCGAACAUGUAUGCACCGACGCUAGUGGGUAUAGGCUUGCGCGGUCGGAUGCCGAAUUCGCAAGAACGACUCGGAAUCCAGUCCUCCCUGUGCUCAUCCGCUCGCAAACUGCUGCGGAUGCUGCUUGAGAUGGAUGCGCGCAAGAUCAAGAAAGAUAUCGGGGUGUUGUCUCAGAUUGCGCAGGACCAUCUCAAAGCAUGGAAAGGGCGAUAUAAGGAGCGAGCAGACGGCAGCAUCAUGAAUGCCCAGGGACCUUCCGCCAAAGAUGUGCUCAGCGAAGCAGCAGAGGGAAGCAGCCGGUACAAGUAUCCGCAUGCGAGUAUUUGCAAGGGUCUUUGGGACGAGUGCUACGCUACCGUAGCCAACGGCAGCGUCGGGAUGCUCGCGCUGGAGACUUUGCUGCCACCGCUAGCCCUCUUGGCGCCCUUCAUUGAACCGACGCCGGCUACGCUGGUCGCGCUGCAGGAAGGGCAGGCAUUGCCCGAGUACAAGGUCUACAGGUUGGCGAUUCGAACGGCCAUCGAACGCGUAUCCUCCGCAUUACUUGCCGUCCGCCAAGGCUUUUCGAAUGCUGUCGAAGAGCUCUCGAUGAUGAUGAGCGAGGAUAACCUCACUGCUCUUUGCACAUCGCUGGCCGAGAGCCUUAUCAUGCUCAAUCUCUCACCCGAUGAUGGUAUGCACCUGAGUGCGCAGAACCUUGUUCGCGCCGCUUUCACCAACGCAACGAUGCGCGUCGAUUGUUUUCGCUCUCUCUUGCACUCCAACCCCGACGGGGCAUUCAAGGGCAUUUGCAAGUUUCUUGAAGCCUUUAUCCAGGCGGCAGAAGAGUCUGUCGAAGCGAAUGCGCUUGCCAAGUGGGUCAUCAGAAGCUUGGCCGACGUUCUCGACGUGCUCUGCGAGACCAACGAUGGUCUACUUAGGGACGAUACGGACAUGUCGCUUCUCAGCGACGUAUCUCCACGUGCGGCGGUUGCCGCGUACCUGCCCAGACUUUGGAGUCUCAUGUGCAAGAGCGUAUCUGUCAUCUUUCAGAGGACGCCAAAAUGGUCUGCCACGAUCAGUAAAUCGGAGAUGGUCGCUUGGUUCAGAGACGUCACUCUGUUCGCGACUGAGGUGGUGGAACAGGUCAAGACAGUGCAAGAUGCGUUGGCUUCGGCAGAGAUGAGGCAGGGCGAGGAAGGGCCCAACGAGAAUGUCGAUGCAUUGACUCUUGAGCUCGUCCUACCUCUGGAGAAAGCCAUGGCGUGGCUUCGACUAAAUGAUGAGGAGAUCAUGCACGAGACCCUCAAUUUUGUUAUCAAAGCGCUUGCUUGCUUCAGCGGGAAGACGGUUGAGCUCCCAGCGGACACAAGGGGCAAGAUGCUUGAAUUUGUCAAUUCGCAGAUGCAGAUUGAGGAUGCGAACAAGAGAAUGACGCUACUAUCCAUCAACGAGCUUUCCAAUCUCAAGCACCACAUUGACCCCAGAAGCAAGCCAGUCGAAAUAAUAGCCAUCGAAUCGGAUUCAGAUUCGGAUUCUGGUGACGCGCAGCCUCGCCUUUUGAAGAGCAAAGACGUUUCAUCCGCAUUGAAGAAGCAGAAGGGCCUCAAGCAGAGCUCGCUCAAGGACUCCACAUGGUGGGGAGCGGCUACGGCUGUUGGUGCGCGUUCCAAGGCCGUAAUCGUUGCGAAACCCAAGGUGUGUUCAGAGCAGCAAUCCAAACUCGACUUCAAGCAAACACUGGCUCUGAGAGCCCGCGAGGGGCGACUAGACACUCCAUCUGUGUACCAUCGGCCGACGUCUUCACAUCAGUCUCAGGCGCAUGUUAACAAGCUCAAAGCCGUGUCUGCUCUACGCGUCCCAUCCAACCUCCGCGACGCAGACGAAGCGCCCAGUAGCAAGAUUUCCCAGUUGCGACAAGAGUUCCGAUCUUCUAAUGCAGCUCGCCCGACCACUGCCACAUUUGGACGAAACAAACGACCGAUCGCACCACCAACAACUGGCCCGGCUUGGGAAGUGCCAACGAAAGGACCUAAGGCCUCGUCUGCGGUCCCCUCUGUCGCAACAGUGGCCUCUGGUAGCAAAUCUGGCGCCAAAGGGCAGGGUGAUUCAGAGUCUUCAUCGGACGAAAGUCAAGGUGACGAUGGGGAGGAGGUCAAAGGUCUGGCUUCUCUCAGGGCUAGCAUCAUCAAGAAGACAUUCAUUCCCAAAAAGGCCCCCGAAGUCAAAGUCAAGCUUCUAGAAGAUGACCGACUCCGCCAGACAAUAAGGGAGCAGGAGGAGCUCGAACGGAAGCGCCGUCUUCGUGCGCCUCCAGACUUUUCUUCCCUGCACCAGUCGCUGCUAUCAUGGGACUUUCAUGAGACGGCAGAUGCACCACCGAGGAAUGGACGCCCGAGAGCCAUCCCAUCAACAUUCUCAUCCGCAGAGGAGUACAUGACGGUGUUUGGACCUCUUUUGCUCAUGGAGUGUUGGGCGCAACUGCAGCAAGCCAAAGAAGAAAUGAACGCGUCUCGCACUGUCGCGAUUGAAGUCACUUCCAGAUCAAAUGUGGACGCAUUUGCCGACAUUAACGCCAUCUACACCAAUCGCAAUUCCAAGCUGGAUCUCCGCGAAAAUGACAUUGUCUUCCUCCGCGAGCUGCAAUCGGAGACGGGCCGGCAGCGCAUCGUUCUCGCCAAAGUUCAAAGCUAUCGCAAGCAUAAUCUUGGGCAUCAAGUCGUCUUGCGCGCGUGCUUGCGACACAACACAGCAGGGAUGAACUCAGCUGUCGCAGCAAGGACCAGAUGGGAGGUCGGCCCGCUGUUCUCACUCGCCACUAUCCAUCGCGAGUGUGCUGCUUUGCUUUGUGCGCCUUACCUGGAUCUUCGCCAGCAGAUUUUCAGAGGCCUCCUUGCACCCAAGCCAGUCCUGGAUGACGACGAGCUGCGCCGAACCAUGGAGGUCUACGACCUCAAUAGCCCUCAAGCGACGGCAAUUCUUGGCUCGCUGCAUGCUGAAGGGUUCUCUCUGAUUCAAGGGCCGCCUGGAACGGGCAAGACCAAGACCAUUUGCGGGCUCAUCGCCAAAUUCAUUUCAGACCGAGCCCCUGCACGGCACAGCGUCUCAAUAGAUCCUAUGAUGAGAAGCACACUUGGCCCUAAUGCAAAGAUUCUGAUCUGUGCACCUUCCAACGCCGCGAUUGAUGAAUUGGUCAAGCGUGUCAAAAUGGGGUUGCCUUCCGAGAGCGGACAGCUUUUACGACCAAAAAUCAUCCGCUUGGGCCGCGAUGAGAGCAUGAACGUCGAGGUCAAGGAUGUGUCUCUGGAAUUUUUGCUGGAUCAAGCAGUAUCAGGUAUUAAAGACGGAGGUACGGACGCAUUGGCAUUGCAGGAAGAUAUUCGUAACCUGCAAACGCAACGGCAAGUAAAGCAGGCCGAAUUGGAAGAAGCGCGGAUGAGCGGAGAUACCGUCAAGGUCAAUGCGCUGCAGGCACAUGUGCGACUGCUCAUGAGCAAGCGCACUACCUUGAUGUCCAAGCUGGACGAGGUCAAAGACCAGCAGAAGGCUGACGCCAGACAAAGAGAGGCAGAGCGGCGCAAGAUUCGCCAGCAGAUUGUCAUGGAGGCCGACAUCAUCUGCAGUACGCUCUCUGCAGCCGGUCACGAGAUAUUGUCGUCGCUGGGUGUAGAUUUUGAGACUGUUGUCAUUGACGAAGCAGCUCAAGCCGUCGAGCUCAGCACACUCAUCCCACUCCGAUACGGCUGCAAGAGGUGCAUUCUGGUUGGUGACCCGAACCAAUUGCCACCAACAGUCUUGUCAAAGCCUGCAGAGCGUCUCCACUAUAACCAGUCUCUCUUUGUUCGUCUCUUCCGCCCACAUGCCGUAUACCUUCUUUCGAUCCAAUAUCGUAUGCAUCCCAGCAUCUCUCGCUUUCCUUCAUCGAGGUUCUAUAAUGACGAGCUCCAAGAUGGGCCGGAUAUGGCGAUCAAGACGAUGCAACCGUGGCACCAAGACUCGCUCACCCCGCCCUACUGCUUCUUUGAUGUGCGCGGGAAUGAGACCAAGGGAAAGUUUCACUCUCUGAUGAAUGUCAAAGAAGCUCAAGUCGCGCAGGCUACCUACGAACGGCUGCGAUCGACAUGGCCACAAGAAGAUUUUUCCUUCCGCAUUGGCAUCGUCAGUAUGUAUAAGGCUCAGGUGGAAGAGUUGCGCAGAGUUUUUGCGACUCGAUAUGGCGCUGGCAUUCUCUCAAAGAUCGACUUCAACACUGUAGACGGCUUUCAGGGGCAAGAGAAGGACAUCAUCAUCCUCUCAUGUGUACGUGGGGGUCCUCAAGCAACCAUUGGCUUCUUGAAUGACAUCCGACGUGUCAAUGUUGCCAUCACGAGAGCUCGGAGCAGCUUGUUCAUCCUUGGCAAUACCGAGCUUCUCCGCCAGAAUGACACGUGGGCAGCGCUGAUCGAACGCAGCGCUCAAGCUGGUUUGCUAAAAUCCGUCACGCCAGGAUACUUCUCGCAACAUUUUAUCCCACCGCCUGUCACGGGCUCCAUACAAGUCCCGGCUCGCAAGCGAUCGCCAACGAAGAAAGAUUCGGCGAAAUCAUCAAGCACAGUGAAGCAAGUCGUUCCAGCGAGAGUCCAGAGAGCUGCUGCAGCACUUGCGUUUCAAAGCAAGGUUUCGAGUGCAAGUCAUGGAACCCAAGCCAAGGCGGAACUGGCGCUGGAGAAGAAUGCUCGUAAAACCAUGCGCUCCGAAGAAGGGGAGAUCGACGAAUCUGAGCUCUAUAUCCCCCAGAAAAAAGCACGCCUUGAAAGUGCCUCCGACCGUGUCCCUCAAGCAGCCCAGCAGCAGCCAUUCCCUGACACUUCUGCAAAGCCUGCCAUUCCGCCGCGCAACAUCAAGCCAAGGGUGCUUCCACGCGACGUACAGCCAAGAUCACCGCCACGGGACGCAAAGCCAAAAUCACCGCCCUGCAACGACACCAGAUCAGCCCAAUUACGCGUUCGCCCUGAUGAUCUUCAGUCAAAGCCGGCCGUAAAUGGAAACGCAGUUAUGCCUCCUGCCAUUGCAAGAGCGGAAAGGCCUCAUCAUCCCGGCCAUAUGGACAGCAGGCUGAAGCCCUUGACACUUCCGCCCACCGUGAAUGCUCGGAUUCCUAUGUUGACGCACCGACCCUCCGCUCCAGCGUCCUCCACGCCGAUCCAACCGCAUUUAGCCGCGCCGCAAGGUUCGACCAGUUCAUUCCCGACCAUUCCAGUGAGCGUCCGUCCACCUACCGCAGCGCAUGGGCAAACUUCCCAAAAUCGGGCUUCAGCAGCCAGUCGGAAGGCGCUCUUUGCCCCUUCUCGCCGAAGUUUCCCACCGCGUCCUCAGCACCAAUAGACACAUUUGCAUAUUUUGCUGGCUUCAUAAGCAUUACAUGACACCAGUUGCAUCUCGCAGUAUGUAGCAUACAAAUUUGCGCGCAACGCCGUUCGUCGAAUGGUGGCCAC